AUGGGUCCUGCACUCUUGCAAGUGGUGUCUGCUGUCAGCCAGAGCUUCAAGGCCAUCGUCGAGAUAUUCUCGUUCAGCUAUCUUCCCAUACUCAACGCUUUCAAACCUGGAAAUCUCUACAGACAAAACCGAUUUGGCUAUUUCGGUCACUUCUUGUACAUAUCUCGUCUCGUUGAUACAGAUGCGCUACAAGAUUUACACUGGAACAUCAACACAUGGACCGAUGAGGAAGUAAUGGCAUGGAAACAGUCUCAAUUGAGCACCUACAAUGCAAUAGCUGUAGCGGGCGCGAUCUUCGCCGGUAUCGGCCUGACAGCACUGCAGAUACCAAACAUGUUCAAUAUUCACUGGACAGCACGGGCUCUAUGCUCUUCCAGUAUGCUCCUAGGUAUAUUCUCCGUGUCCGUGGCUACAUCAGGUCAUCAAACCAUCGCCAGACUCAACAGCGCACUCUCUGUCCGACUGUGGCUCAGUCGUGGGAAACCAACACAAUACCUCGGACGCUCGGUCUGGACGUCGAGCCGAGAACAUUUGAUGUCGGACGAGCCUGGCGAUGAAAAGUACAAGAAUUCACUUUUCGAGGAUAUGCCACUGGAGAGCUCGAUCAGUUCACUCAAGGUUGCUUCUUUACCUCGACACCUCUUGGAUCUUGCUGUACUGCUAUUCGUUGUCGGUUUCGGUUUGUACUACCUGUUUAUGUGGCUCGACAAUAUCGAGGAAGCCGCUCUCGCCCAUCGUAAUUUCUUCAUUGCUGUGAUGGUUACUGCUGGAUUGUAUGUACUGUAUGCCUAUCAGCUGUGGAAAGCACAAGACGCCACUAAGACUAAGAGACUGGAGGAGUUUGGCUUUGGUGCUAUACAUCAGAAUUUGGACAAGGUUGCCGAGAUCAUGCGAUUACAACAAGAGUUGCGGAGGUGUCAGAACGAGCUGAAUUUUCUACGUGGAAAGGAGGAUGGACCUAGCUGA